AUGGAUAAUCCAGAAUCAAGUGUACCCAAUGAGCAACACAGUGCAGCUCCAGUACCUUCAGAAAGUAUGAUGCAGUUGGUUACUUCUAUAGCACAUGUAAUGGGAGAUGCACAGAGUAAGUUGAGUGGAAGUAAAGAAGAAGAAGUAGAUAAACAUUUACAAAUGUUUCAUAAGUUGAAGCCUCCGUUGUUCAAAGGAGCUGUAGAACCUCAGAUUGCAGAAGAUUGGAUAAUGAGAAUAGAAAAGAUCUUUGAUAGCAUGCAGUGUCCGGAGAAUCAAAAUGUACAUUUGGCUGUGUUUCUAUUUGAAGGAGAAGCAGAGAGAUGGUGGAUUGGACAGCAGAGGGAGAAAUUUCAGGGGAAGACAAAUGCUGAGAUCACUUGGGAUGAGUUCACUACAGUGUUCCGAAUGUGGUUUGUACCUCCGUCAGCCCAACGACAAAUGCAAGAAGCUUUUAUUAAGUUGGAGCAAGGACGCAAGACAGUGAUGCAGUACGAGGCUGAGUUUACUGCACUUGCUAGAUUUCUGCAAGGAUUGAAUAGAGAACUGAGACAUCCGCUAGUACCGUUACGGAUUCAUGAGUUUUCUAAGUUGGUAAAGCGGGCCAGACUGAUAGAGAAUGAUUUGGCAGCACUAGAAUCAAGAUAUGAAGUUACCAAGAGGAGUAGAGAUGAAUCGAGUAGAGAAAGAGAUAGAGACAAGAAAAGCAAGUAUAGUGAGUCAAGGGGAUCUGCAUCAGUAGCAUCUUCUGGCAGCUACAACGAGUGCAUUCACUAUGGUCGACGACAUGCAGCAUUAUUUUCAUGUCACUGGACUGUUACUGAUAUUGAAAUUGAUACUAUUGAUUCACUGAGUUUACUAUUUCUUAUUGAUACUGUUUACGCAUUGACUAUUGUUACUAUACUGAUUACUGUUCAUGCAUUGAUUUUCGUAUCUGCAUUGAAUUAA